AUGUCUGUACACUACAAAUUUAAAUCAACUUUAGAUUAUGACACUGUGUCAUUUGAUGGAUUGCACAUUUCAGUGGCAGAUUUAAAAAAGGCUAUAUUUCAUCAAAAACGUAUUGGCAAAAAUACUGAUUUUGAUCUGCAAAUUACAAAUGCACAAACAAAGGAAGAUUAUACGGAUGAUAAUGCACUAAUUGCUAAAAAUACUAGUCUUAUUGUCGCCAGAGUUCCAUUGACAGUACAACAGAAACGUUCUUGGGAUCGAAAUGAAACUCCUCCAUUUAGUAACAUAAAGGAUGAAGCUAAUUUAGGUAGAGCUGUAGAUCUCACGAGAUUAGAUGGCUCAGAGGAAGAUAAGAUCCGUGCGAUGAUGACACAAUCGACUCAAGAUUAUGAUCCGUCAAAUUAUAUGAAAAUUCGUGGAGCCAAUCAGACUGGUGAUGUACCUGCAAAUUACCGUUGUUAUAAAUGUCAUCAGCCUGGACAUUGGAUCAAAAACUGUCCGCUAGGUACAAAUCAAGAGCCGAUUGAAAUUAAGAAGAGCACAGGUAUUCCUAGAAGUUUUAUGGUACCAGUUGAAGGACCUUUGGUACCUGGUGCUAUGAUGACACCUACAGGACAUUAUGCUGUUCCUGCUAUUGACCAUCAAGCUUAUAAGGAAGGUAAGAAGGAACGACCACCAUUUUCGCAAGAUCCAGAACCUGUAGCAGAGAAGCCAGAAAUACCAGAAGAUUUGUUAUGUAGUAUCUGCAAAGAUCUUUUAACGGAUGCAGUAAUGAUUCCAUGUUGUGGAAAUUCUUUUUGUGAUGAAUGUAUUCGUACACUUUUAUUGGAAUCCGAAGAACACGAAUGCCCAGAUUGCAAUGAGAGAGAUGUCUCUCCGGAAACUCUCAUACCAAAUCGAUUUUUACGUAAUGCAGUAAUGAAUUUUAAAAAUGAAACUGGUUAUGCCAAGAGACAAACGUAUCGGCCUUCUGCUCAAAAUGCUGGACAAGCCACUACAUCAACCGAUCAAUCGAAAAUUGAAAUGCAGCAAGUUGCAAGUCAUGUAUCUUCUCAGACUAAAACUGUUCAAUCACCUGUUGCUCCUAAUGCACCAUCGCAAGAACCUGUGGAACUGCAAUCAUCUAAUCUUGAAUCUCCUUCGCAACAUUCGUCAACCAACCUCUCUGGUUCACAACCAUCAAUCACUCUACCUGAAUCUACUUCAGAGUCACACUUGCAAAGCGAUUCAGUAACAAAACUAACAACUGACGAGGAAACUGAGGUACCUCCUCCUCCGGGAACAGAACCUCUACUUCCAAUUCCUGCCCUUGUGAGCUCGCCAGAGAGAGAACGUGAGCGAAGCGAUCCUUCCAGCCGCGAUAAGAAAGAACGAGACAAUGAAUACUCGGGAGAACGUCAAUCGAGAGAGCGUCGACGAAGUUUCAGCAGGGAUGGACAUCGCGACAGAAGCGGAGAGCGUGGUCGUAGAAUUGAAAAUUUACGGCCAUUGAAUCACAAUCGAAAUCGAUCCCUGUCGCCCAGACACUCCCAACACGGUGAAUAUCCAUCGUCAAAUGCAGUGUUACCUCACUUAAUGAACCCACCUCCUUCUAAGAGCUAUCAGGGUCAUUUAGCAGACGAUGGACAUUAUCCACCUGCUAUGCAUUAUGAUAGUGGAAUACGUAGGUCUAACGAAGACCGUGCUGGCACUCCAACGGUCGACGAACCUCACUUGCACGUUUCUUCAUCCAGCAAUCAACCACCAUUACUGCCUUUUCCACCAGGCGAAGAGCGCAUUCCACCACCAAAUUAUAAUCAACCGCCCCCAAAUGUACCUCCCCAUAAUCCUCCGCUUUUGCCGGAUCCAUAUAUGAGUCAUCGAAUACCGAUAUAUCCGCAUCAACCGGGAUCACAUUACGGACCGCCGAGAUAUGAUAGACCUCCUUAUCAGCAACAAGGAUACCGACCGUCUCAGCCACCUCGAAACUACAGCGGGCCACCAAGAGGACCAAUGAGAGGAUUGCAUCAUAUGGGAUAUCGAAAUUUGCAACCACCACCACCUGGACUAGGUAGAAAUAUACACAAUAGAAAUCCACCUGGAAUCAUUGAUGAUCCGUUGGAAGCAUUCGAGCGAAUGCUGCGAGAGAAGGAUGAGAGAGAUCGACGUUUAGGGAAACAUAGAAGAAGAAGCAGAACACGAUCCCGAUCACGUAGUUACAGUCGAUCUAGAUCGCGCUCCUUUGGCCGUAGAUCGCCUUUUGCGUCUCGCAUCAGUCGGUCUCGCAGUCCGCCGUCGAAGCGAAGAUCAUCAAGAUCACCAUUACCACUCCGACCUCGUAGUCGCACUCCAAAACGUAGAUCAAGAAGUGGCAGCUUCUCUAUCAGCAGAUCUAGAUCGUAUUCUCGCAGUCAGUCGCCGAGACUAUCUCCGUCGAGAGAUAGAGAUAGGGAAAGAGAUCGGGAGAGAGAUAGAGAGAGAGACCGUGAUCGUGACCGCGACAGAGACCGCGAGCGGGAUCGAGAUCGCGACUUACUGCCGAGAUAUCGAUCACCAGUCAGAUCACCUCCGAGAUUUCAAAGAGAGAGGGAUCGUGAGAGAGAUAGGCCUCGAUCACGAGAACCUCGAGAUGGAUAUAACACUUACUAUGGCGAUUCACCGGCUCAUGAUUAUCCAUUUCGUGAUCGUGAACGUGAUUUACCGCCUAGGGAGAGACCGCUACCGAGAUAUCCUAUAGGAAGAAAUCAGCCGUCCCAACAUAUACCGCCGUUGAUGCCACAUCUAGUCACUGGAGGUCAUCCACCACCACCACCGCUUAUGUCAUUGGGACCUUCACCUACGGACAGGAAAGACUAUUAUGAUUCCUACAACAGAUAUUCCGGACCUCAACCGCCGCAGCGUUUUAACAGUCCUUUGAGGGAUUCUUCGUCACAUAAACGAUUCGAUGACGUAGCACCGCCUGGUACCGAGGGCUACUAUGAUCUUUCGCCACCGGGUGUCGACCAUUCCGAGAGACCAUUAAGGGACGAUCGCGAGAGGCAGCGGUCCCUUAGGGAUCAAGAAGAUCGAGAACAUUCAUCCAAGGAUCGUGAUAAUGAUGAACGUGAUAGAUUGAGGGACGAGAGGGUUCGUGAACGUGAAGAUCGUAUGCGCGAAAGAGAUGACAGAGAUCGCAGAAUCAUAAAUAGAGAUCGUGAGGAUCGCGAUAGGCAAGUCCCACCUAGAGAACACGAGGAUAGGAUACGAGAGAAAGACGAACGCGACAGAAGAGAAAAGGAGAAGGAACGAGAUGAAAGACACAUUCGCGAGCGUCGAGACGAUGACAGGCAUAUCGAGAAGAAAGAUUAUGAUAAAGAACGUUAUAGAGAUGAUCGAGAUCGUCAUAGGCAAGAUGACAAGAAUCGACUGCGAGAGAAGGAGAGACGCGAACGUGAAUACGAAACUGAGAAAGACAGAGAUCGUCACGAACGAUACGAAAGACGUUCAAUGGAACGGAAAAAGAAUAGGAAGAGUCUAAGUCCAUACUCGCAGAAAUUUAGAGGCGAUCCUAAAGAUUUGUCCCCAGAACGAAAUGCAAAGAAGAAAGAAAAGGACCAUGAGGAAAAGAUAGAAGAGAAGAAGAAAGAGAAAAAGAUAAAGGAAAAGAAGAAGAAGAAGGAUAGUGAUGAAAAAGAGAAAAAGAAGAAGAAGAAAAAGGACAAGAAGUCCAAUCAGAAAGAAAUAGCAAAGGACGAUCUGACGGUUAAAAUGACAGAAACGGACGAUCUGCUAGUUGAGAGUAAAAUAAAUAAUGACACUUCGUCUUCGCCGCCUAACAAAACCGACUCUAUACAGGUCGCGUGCAGCGAGGAAGACAACAUACAGAACAGGAUCGAAUGUAUUUCCAACCAAGUGUCUAUCGCACCAAUCAAAGAGGAAUUUGAGGACAAGUCUCUUGCAAUGAAUCCCGAACCACCGGAAUUUAACGAACCCAGUCCAGGUAGCGGUCGAUUAGAUCGCGCGGAAUUUGGUACAAAUCCACCAAAUCCAAACUUCAAACCGAUCCCCGAACUCAAGUCAGACAUGAAACCGAUCGACAGCCUCUAUGGAGGAUUGGAUGACACAGAAAUUAAUACUGUGAUCACGGAAAAAUAUUCUUUACUUUCGGAACACUCGCAGACCGAGACGAAAGAAGCUACUAUCAUGCUGGCAACGGAGAAAUCGCCGAAAAAAGAUGAGUUUCUGGCACCGAUACCCGAAUUGUCUAAGUGGGAAAGGGAUGAUACGAUCGAAAAACCCGACGAUGAUGACGACGAUGACAACGUGAGUGGAUCGCCGACGGAGAAAAUACCGAGAGAGGAUGAGCCGAAAUCGAUUAAGGUGGUUACGUCGGAGGUGCUGAAACGUGCAGAGAACGCCAUAUUCCAAAAGGCAAUUAAUGCGAUCCGACCAAUCGAGAUCAAGAAGAUCAGCGAAAGCAGAAAGAUACUGUAUCAGAAUCCCGAGCCUAAGGUACUGGAAACGGUAGAGUCUACAUCCAAUCGAGAACCGCGAAAGAGCGUCAACGUGACGAUCAACGUUGGUAGAAACGAGAGAAAUGUCGAGAUUACUGAGCCAACGAAGAAAGCCAAGCUCGAUCGUACCAAGUUUAAACCCGUGCCAGAAACAGCCUAUUCGCCGACCAGGCUGUCCGCGAAGGAAAGACUCGGUGAAAAGAUUGAAGACUGCAAGGAGAGAAAGGUUAGUCCUAUAAAAGGAUUCCUGGAGAGGCGUGAUACCAAGAACGAAAAUCAGUCGAGAAGUCGAUCGCCCAGGAGGGAAAAGAGGCUCUCUCCUCCGCUUUUAGAGCGACGCGUAGAAUCCUCUUCGUUGAACUUAUCUGCAACAACUGGCGAACGAAAAGUGUUCUUGGAAGAGAGAAAACGUGACAACAAGGAUAGAUGCGAUCGCCCAAAGGAGAGGUCGGAUUUCCGAAGUGACAGGCAUGGAAGCGAGUUGAAAUCCGAUAGGGAGAGUAGAAUUGAUUGCAGAACGGAUUUUCGUUCUAAUAGAAGCGACAUGAAAGGUGAACGCGUCGACAAAGAUCGCGAUAAAGAACGAGACCGUGAACACAGAGGUAGGACACCCUCCUCGGCUUGCGUAUUCAAGAGAACGGAAAUAUCUAAGAUUGGCCUGUUGAAAUCGAAAGAUGACGAAGAAGAGAAAAAACGUGACAAGAAGUCUCGGGAGGAAAAGAAGAGAAAGAAGGAGCAUCGCAGUCGGAGUAAAUCCAAAGAGCAUAAAAAACGCAAGGAGAAGAAGCACAAAAAGGAUAAAGACAAAAAUCAGGAAAAGAAGCAAAAGCACAAGGAGAAUGCGAUCUCUAAGGACAAGUCGGAUGGUAACGAGAUCAAGAUCAGUUACGAGAAUAUUGAGCCACCUUUAGCAGAAUCAUUGAAGAAACAAAGAAAGAAUCCGAGAUUGGUGUCCGAUCGCAAGCGCAGUAUACUCGACGAGGCGAGUUUUGAACCCGACUACUCUGCUUCGGACUCGGAAUCGGAUGGCGAGGAAGGAAAACCGUCACCUGCGAAGAAAUUGAAACUUGACGAAACAGAAAUAGACAAAGAAAUGGAGAUCAAAUCUUUGAAGAAACGAUCCAAAUCAAGUAGCAGCGAAGACACUUCCAGCAGUUCUGACACUACAAGCUCCGAUUCGGAUAGCAGCGAUGAGUCACACAAGAAAAAAAGAAAGAAGCAUAAGAAACAUAAAAAGAAGAAAUCUGCCAAAAAGGAUAGCAGUUCGGACUCGGAUACCUACUCUGAUUCGUCCGACAGCAGCAGCGACGAAGAGAAACAUAAGAAGAAAUCGAAAAAAUCAAAGAGUAGAAGCAAGCAGUCAAAGAAGAAGAAGAAAUCCAAGCAUAAAUGACAUCACUAGAUGUCUCUUUGAUGUUCAAUCAAAGAAUCUUCAUCUUACUGUACCUUAGAAAGAAACAAAAAAAAAAAAAGGAAAGAAAGGUCAGAACU